UGCGAGAAAACGUUCGUGCGUCGUGGUGACGAGCAGAGCCCAUCCAGAACGGAGGACGACAAACGUCGCGAAAAAGGAGAUUCAACAUUUUGUUCGCUUCUCUUCGUGGACGACGGUCGGUCGGAGUUUUCCGAGUUUUCGCGGACACUAGCCCCUUUUUUCCUGCUGUAUUCCGUUGACCUGCCUGGAGGAUUGGGAAAAAAAUCAUCAACAUCUGUAACCAGGUGGUUCCGUGGCGGAAGCAAAAGUGCGAGAACAGAAAAAAAAGGUCGUCAGCUUGCGUUUUCCUGGCGAGUUUGGCCUUUGGGCUUUGGCGAGGUCGAGUGUGUGGAAAUUCUGUCAGUGGCUGCUGAAAAUUAGUGAUGUGGGAAGUGCAUGAAAAGUGUUGAGGAUUUUUCCUCCUGUUCUGCUAUUUUGCAGCCUUUUUUUUCUUUUGGGCGGAGGUGAGUGCGAGGGUGGUCGAGUGAAAAAAAGCACCCAAACGCUCAGGAAUCUUUGCAUAAAGUAGAUUCGAGGGGAAGAUGCGAUAAUUUUCCAUGCCAUGUUGCAGGUUUCUUCGAUGGGAGAAAUUCUUUGAAACAAAGUGACCACAGAAUACUGCAGGGGAUAGUGGGGCUUUUUGUUGUGUGUUUUUCCUGCAUGAAAAUGGAGUAGGGGGAGUGAAGCGAAUCGAAAUCGCAGAUGGAGGAGACGAAGGCGAGUGUUCUGACUUGAGAAAGCUAAACAAGGUUACUACGCUGGUGGGUAACCUGUAUUAGCUGGCCAGAAGAAGCAGAAAAUAAAAUAAAACGAAGAAUACGACGACGACUACGGCGAUAAAAAAGCGAAUCAGUUUAGUAGACGGUGGAAGAAGUGUGUAGAGCAGAAGGAAACAGGGCUGCCCUGGAAGCAGCUCCAAAAGCAACAGAGCGAGCCCCGCAUAAGCAAGCAAAGUCAUCCGUGAGUGGUCUGUGAUGGAAUAAUCAAGGAAGGAGGAAGAUUGCGGAGUUUUUUUUCUUUCUUCCCUUGCUUCGAGUGAGUGAAUUUUGCCAACAGAGCCGUCAGCCAGGUCCCUGAUCUGUCAGGUGGUGGUGCGAAUUAGUAAGCAAACACAAACAGAAGCUCUGUUUCGCGGUGGUGAUUUCGGCCGGAAGCGGUACGAACGGGACACAGCUAGAGCUGUUCCCGCACCCAGUGGUAGUGGGCCAGCAGUAACAGCGCCACCAGACGACAAAGCGACAGGGCGGGACGAUGCCGAAAUGUGAUGUCAAAACCAGAUACAUCCCAGCGACCUUCGCCUGGACGCUCCUGCUGGGCACGACGUUCCUGUUUUUCUACUAUCCAUGUCGCCAAUUCUACGUGCAGCGACACCCAUGGGUGCCGGCGUACCAGGCCGUCAUCACGUUCUUCGUCAUCGCCAACUUCACGAUGGCCACCUUCAUGGAUCCCGGUGUCAUACCGAAAGCCCCACCUGACGAAGAUCGCGAGGACGAGUUCCGGGCUCCGCUGUACAAGAAUGCCGAAAUCAACGGCAUCACGGUGCGGAUGAAAUGGUGCGUGACGUGUAAGUUCUACCGACCGCCACGCUGUUCGCACUGUUCCGUGUGCAACCACUGCAUCGAGACAUUCGAUCACCACUGCCCUUGGGUGAACAACUGUAUCGGCCGGCGGAACUACCGGUUUUUCUUCUUCUUCCUGAUCUCGCUGUCGAUCCACAUGCUGAGCAUCUUUUCGCUCUCGUUGAUCUACGUCCUCCAGAAGGAGAAGGACAAACUGACGGAAGUGGAACCGAUCGUUGCAAUGGUCCUAAUAGCGAUCGUCACUCUGCUGGCGAUACCGAUCUUCGGCCUGACCGGAUUCCACAUGGUGCUGGUGUCGCGGGGGCGAACCACUAACGAGCAGGUCACCGGCAAGUUCAAGGGUGGCUAUAAUCCAUUUUCGCGCGGCUGUUGGAACAACUGCUGCUACACCCAGUGCGGUCCACAGUAUCCAAGCUUACUGAAACCGCAAAAGUACGUCGCCCGCCGGUCGAACAAGGAAAACCAAUCGAUCAGCACCAUUACGAACGAUGGUGGCCCGGGAGGUGGUGGCGGUGGCGGCGGCGGAAACUCCAGCCGCCACCUCAACUCCCAGCAGCAGGGCCUGAAUGCGGCCGGAGCCGGUGGUGCCGCCGGCCAGGGCAUCUACGAUAACAGUCGCCACACGCAGGUAAAAACCUAUAUGGAUCAUGGCAAUGGUCACGGUAUUCGUACGGUCGGAUCCAGCCACUACAGUAAGCUUUCGCCGGGACGGGAAUGUUCCGACAUCGACAUGGAACCGCAAGCAUCGCAGAGUCGGGAUUGUGAGCCGACACCGCCGCUGCAGCGACAUGGUUCCAAGACUAACUUUUUCCUACCACCAAUUGAUGGUAACGGAGGAUUGAACCUCAACGGAGGUGGCCAAAUAGUACAAGGUGGAAACGGCGGAGGUGAUUCCCCGCGGCACAUACGAAUGUAUCACCCACGGCACAGUCCCCACCCCCGUCAGCGGGGAUUGGAUCCGUCGCGGAGUUUUACGCCCGAGGGUCUCUCGCCGGACCAAGCCCCACCGAUGAUUACGAUCCAGCAACAGCAGCAGCAGCUGCAACAACAGCAACAGCAAAACCAGCAGGGAAUGUCACGGGGAGCCUCGGCGACCCCAACCAUGCAGCAAAGAAUAAAAGCGCUUGGUGUGGCGACGCCAUUAGCAAUGUCUAGUCCUGUUAGACGGUCAAACCCGGGAACGCCAACACAACCCCGGCGACCAGACUUCAUCGGGGUGAACAUGAUCGGCCAACAGCCACAGCAACAGCAGCCUGGCGCAACGUACUACGAUUUUCCCCUGCAACAGCAGCAGCAACAACAAGCGCAGCUUCAUCAAACGGGUCUUCCCCCGGUGCAUCCGUAUCACCAACAGCAGCAGCAACAGCCCCAGUAUCCAAUGGUCCACCACAACGGUGGUCUACCUCAACAGCAACAGCAGCAGCAGCAACAAUCGCAGCAGCGAACGCCAAACGUCGUCUACCACCACGGCAGCCCCCAGCGGCGGUAUCUCUCGGAAGGUGAGCUGGCUCGCCAGGGAGCCGAACUGUCCUACGCUAGGAGCAAUCAAACCGUGGAUAACAUCCGAGAGCUAGCGGGCAGUCCCCAGCGGGGGGUCUACAUGUGGAAAGACAUUUCGCCUGGUUUCAGCAACGACGCCGCUAGCAAUCAAACGCAACAACUUUUAGGCAAUCCCCAGCAACAGCCGCAACAAUCGCCGGGCGUUUUCGUGAGUAUGGCCACUUCGGUGUACCAGAACACACCCAGCCCAACGGCAGCUCAACAGCAACAACCCCAGUACGGUGGAGUCAGUGCCGCCCGGUAUCAGCUCCAGCAACAGCAGCAGCAAGCCACCAUGAACAGCUACCAUCCUGCGUUACGGGGUGGCGUUCCGGUGUUUCCUCCGCAACCCCUUCCACCGGCGGUCAGCCUCGCCAACAGUAGCAACAAUCAGUCGCAACAGUCCGCACAGGGCGUCGUGGGAAAUAGCAUCGGCCCGCAGGCGCCUUCUCCGCAAAUCAAGCGGAAAGCGACGCCCACCCGGCCCAUGUCGUUCGUGCGGGCGCUCGAGAUGACCGACUCGAUGGAGCUGAACCCCACGGACGGCGGCGGCGGCGGCGGGGGUGUUGGAGGGGCUGGCGGAGUCGGCAGUAAUGGGACGAGUGGAGGUGGAAGGGCCACGACACCGACGCCCCCGGAUCGGGGCAGCGUCUACGAUAUGAACUAUGAGAUUUCCGUUUAGCAACAUCCGCACAUCAGGGACAAUUGUGGCACGAUUGGUGGGAAUGUGUAAGAGGGAUCGUUUUUAAGUUGUUUUCUGUUUUUGUUGUUGGUAUGAGACGAUCGCUGCCGGUGGUUUUGCACCGGAACUGGUAGCUGAUCUGUUUUCUUGAUUGUUUUUAAGGAAAGGGUUUGCGCUUCUGUUAUUUUGCAGUGUUACAAUCAUCAUUUUGUAUAGAAGAGUAAAAUAUCCCCGUCGCGAAUGUUAGGUUAAUAUAAUAGGUAAAUGGUAAGUUGGAACAAGAACGGAUUGUGUAACGUUGGCUUGAUGUAUUAGUCAUAUCAAGCAUAGUCGUAUGUAGCUGGAAUACAUGUUUUAUCAAUUUCAA